AUGGAAUUGCUGCGAAGUUCUGAAGUACAUGACUUUAAAAUCCCUCAGAGUUUAUGUGAUAUGCAUCAGGUAAGGCAAAACACUUGAAAUUCAAAAGUGAAUAUUCUUUUGAAAUAAUUUUUUUAAAUCUUUUAUUUGCAAAUGUUUAAGGCAUUAGCUAGGUAAUACAUUAUGAAUUGUUCCUCUAAAUGAUAAGUCAGGAUCGCAAAUUUUGUUAAUUUCCAUUCAUUUACAUUUGAUAUUGCUGGAACCUUCAUAAAAUCUGCUUCAGUAAUAAUUCCAGCAAUGUGUACACACGGGCAUGCAUUCAAAAUUCAAAACCCUGCAAUGAAUAUUUGUUUUUCACCAGCUUACAAACUUGCCAUUAAAGAAAUACAUUUUAUAUUUUGGUAUUUUAAUGCAAUUAUUCUGUAACGUCAAUUCAACUGGAUGCUGCUCAUUUCUUUAAAUUGAAUCUGUCUAAAAUACAACUUCUGGUCUUUCCUCCCUCAAGUGUUAAUGUCUGUGUCCCUCCAAGUCAAUGGUGCUACCAUCCAAUCUUCCUCUAAGGCCCACAGCCUAGGUGUUCUCUUUGACUCCGACCUAUCCUUCACCCCUCAUAUCCAGUCAAUCGCCAAAUCCUCCCACUUCAUCUCAAAAAUAUAGCACGCAUCCAACCCUAUUUAACGCCUGAUACAGCAAAGAUGCUUGCCCAUGCUGCUGUUCUCUCGCCUUGACUACUGUAAUCUGCUUCUCAGUGGUUUUACGUGUUCCUAUCUUGCCCUGUUAGUGUAUAAUGAAUGCGGCGGCGAGGCUCAUCUUCCUGAUCGCCUGCACAUCCCACGCCUGCCCCUUUGUCAGUCCCUACAUUGGCUUCCUGUAAGAUCAGAACUCAAUUUAAGGUCCUGAUACUUGUUUACAAAUCUCUACACAAUGCUGCUCCGACCUACUUAUGCUCACUAUUACACAAAUAUGUCCCAUCUUGGCCCCUACGUUCUGCCGGACACCUACGUCUAACCUCUUUUCGUACUCCUACCUCUGAUGCUCACCCACUGGCGGAUCCAGAGCCUUAUCUCGGGAAGGACACUCAUAGAUUAUUUAAAGAAACAAUCCAGGUACAGUAACCACUGCAGCUCUAUGUAGUGGUUAUGGUGCCAGGAGUUCCGUGGUGCCCUCCCAGAGUAAAUAGUCAAACCGUUUAAGAACAGUUUGGCAAUUUACAUGGGGUCUGCCAGGAUAGGGGCUGUAGUAUUGGGAUAGGGCCUCUAGGUAGGUAGGUGUGUGUGUGUGGGAUAGUGGGAUAGUGUGUAUAGGGAGGUGCAGUGGUAGCACUGUGUGUAGGAGGUGCAGUGUGUGUUUGUGUGAGGGGUGUAGUGUGUGCAUGGGAGUGCAGUGUAUAUAUGGAGUACAGUGGGAACACUGUGUGUAUGAGGGUGAAGUGGGGGCAGUGUGUGUAUGGGGGUGAAGUGGGGGCAGUGUGUGUAUGGGAGUUCAGUAGGGGCAGUGUGUGUAUGGGGGAUGCAGUGUUUGUGUGGGGGAUCACUGUGUGUAUGGGGGUGCAGCGUGUGUGUGAAGGAGAAGUGUGUGUACGGGGGUGCAGUUUGGCAGUGUGUAUGGGGAGAAGUGGGACAGUGUGUGUAUGGGGGUACAGUGCGACAUUGUGUGUAUGGGGUACAGUGGGAGCAGUGUGUGUAUGGGGGUGCAGUUUGGGCAAUAUGUGUAUGGGGGGGUGCAGUGGGUGUAGUGUGUGUGGUGGGGCUGUGUGUGUGUAAUUGGGGGAGAGGGCUGAUUAAAAAUAAUAAGUGUUUUUUAUUUUUAUUUAAAAUAUGCUUUAUAUCCUCCUUCCCUUCUUAGCUUUUCCCAAGGAGGAGGGAUAUAAAACAUAUUUUUUUAAUAAAAAACAACAACACUUAUUUGUUUUAAUCAGGAAUUGCUCUUAUUCAUAGUAUCCCCCCCCUCCCUUCUUAUCUUUGCACAGGGAGGGGGGAUAUCGAUUCUAAAGCCCUGGUGGUCCUCGUGGUGAAUCCCUGGCGGUUCUAGUGGGGAGUGAACUCUAGCCUGCACCUCUUGGGCUAGUGUUCACUCUCGCGAGAACGGAGACCCGGCGGAGCUGCAACUUGUUGGCGCUUUAUAAAUAAUAAUAAUAAUAAUAUUAAAAUGUAUUAACUGUCUGUCAAGAUCAAGGAAGAUAUUUUUGUAAUUAAAUAAUGUAUUUAUGAUUAGAGAUGUAAAAAAGAAAUCUACACAUAAACCCUUAAAAACAACAAAGAUAAUAUUUACUAAUAUAUUUUUUGGUAUAAAUGAUUGAAAUCACUAAAUGAGUAUAUGUUUCUUUUUAACCCCCAGAAAACGGCAAAAUCCAGGUCAAAAUCUUGCAGUACGGAUGAAGAUGAAGAGUUAUCUCCAAGGGAAGUGGGACAGAUGCACAGGUCAGAACUAGACAAGAAGGCUGACUUCUUGCUUUAACAUAUGCUAGGCAUCACCUCAUAAAGUCUGCACCAAGCAUGCACCACCACACUCUGCCCUCCACACCCUGCCCCCCACAGCCUUCUUCCACACACCCUGCCCCCAGCAUGCACCCCCACAGCCUGCCCCCACACCUUGUCCCCCACACACCCUGCCCCAAGCAUGCACCCCCACACCCUGUUGCCAUCUUGGCUUAGGCCCGCGCACAAGUUUUUUUCUUUACCCCUGCAUUGACAUUCCAUGAAUAAGACGACCCCCAAUUUUAGACUAAACAAAUUUAGAAAAAAACAGUCUUAUACAUGGAAAAAUACGGUAUAUUUAAAAGCUUCUUGACUUUAGUCUCACCUCUAAAACCUGAAUCAUAUUUUGCCAUUCUUUAUAUGAUUAAUUUAAGUAACUUUCAUUGCCAAUUCAUUAAGGUAAUUUGUAGAAGAACAGUUUUGUUGCUAAUCCACUCCAUCUCCACCAUUAUAUUUUUCUAGCACUGCGUAUUCAUGUUAUAUAAACCAAAGAAAGGGUAUUAUAUUUUAUUGGUGGCAAUUAAAACUGUUAUAAUAUUUUAAGCUCAGAUAUAAUGUUUCUAUGGAUGAUAUUAUAAAGUAACCAUGUAAGGCAGGUUCAAGUGGUGGGUGUAAACUACCCACUUCUUAGAGAAAGUUGUCUGAAUUUAACAUUAUUGUCCUUGUUCUGUAAAGCUAAUUUUUGAUAUCUCUGACUUUAAUGUAAACUGGCUCAUAUAUCAAAUCCAUAUUCAGCCCUGCCUUAUCAACUUGUAUUAUAUCAUAUCAUAUCAUAUAUCAUAUCCCAUAUUAUAUCAUAUCCUAUCCCAUAUCACAUAAUAUACCAUAUCAUAUACCAUAUCACAUCAUAUACCAUAUCACAUAAACAGAAUGGUAAUAUUACAUGGCUUAAAAACAAUAUUAUUGCUGAACAUGCAGUCUUGAUACUCAUCAUAUAAACAUAGGUUUUACAUAGGUAUGUUAAUGUAUAGUGGUUAAAAGUAAAAGAAACUCUAACCAUGAAAGUCCACUGUAGUGGUUAUGGUCACAGGAAUGCCGUGACGCCCUUGUAAGUAGCCAAACCGUUUUAGUAUGGUUUGACUUUUUAUCUACUGUCUGCCAGGUGCGACUCCAUGCCUCCACUACAGCCUUCAGAGAGCUGGAACCUUCUGCUCCUGUUAGCUCUCCUGUGCGUCAUCCUGGCAUGCUUUCUGCCAAUAAGUGAAGUCCUGCACUCUGAGAUUUACUCAAAGAGUUACAAGCUUUUGGAAGGCUGUAGUAGAGGGAGGUAGCAGCACUCAGUACAUCCCAGGUAAGAAGUCAAACCUUUCUAAAAUGAAUACAAACAUUGUGGGGUGCCAGGGCACUCUGGCACCAUAACCACUACAGGUCAUUGUAGUAUUUAUGACUCUUGGUGUGUUUCUUCAAAAAUUAAUUUAUUGAGGAGACUGGCGGUCUUGGUCACCAUAAUAAUUUAGUUUUUUCAAGAUCUUAUUCGAAAACAGAAAGUCUUACUUUGGUAUUUGGGUACUAGUGUGUGACAUCUGCAAAUAUUUCAGUGUGUUCCUUAACAAUUUAAAUACAUUUGAGCUAUUAACAAUAGCUGUUUCACUUUUGCUCUAAAACUAGAGCUUUUUCUUACAGUAUUUUUUUAGAUUAUUGUAAUAUUUGGUAGAUAUUAAAAGCUAUUUGAACCUUAAAAGUUUUUUUGUUUUACAUUAUUAGAUGUCAAAAGUUAGAAUUUUUUCCAUGUAUCGUAAUUUGCAAGUUUUAUGCAAAACAUCCCUUUUUUCUGUUGCCUUUAUAACUGCUUUGACUCGUAACAUGUCAGGAGAUUAAUUUGCAUAGAAAGCAUAAUGAAGCACAAAGAAUUACCAAUUUCUAUUCUAAUAACUACAACAGAAGAAUUUUAAGAAUUUAUUAACAACCUUUACAGUCUCCUAAUUAGCUAUAAAAAAAGGUGCUAUGACAUUUUACUAAAUAUAUAAAUGUAGUGGAACAAGGAAUACAUUCUAAUUUAUAUAUUUAUAAUGAACAUAUUACCUAAUUUUCUUUCACUGAAUAUUUUUUCGUCACCACCAAUACAGACACAAGUAAGAGCUUCAGUAAUAGCAAUUUAAACUAUAAACAUAAGUGAUGUUUGAUGAUCUUUAUAUGUGCAAUUUUUCUUUGCCACUGUUCUCUUUGUUGUGAACCCUUGCCCAGUUCUGGCAUAGCUAAUCACUGUUGCUUAAACAAGGGCAUGGUUUUGCUUUUCUUGCACACAUCAUAGAGAUGAUUUAACUGAGAGUACAUUCAUAAUUAUUAGUUUAUAUUUAAACAAUACUUUUCAAGUUAUGUUAUCAUAUCAUAUCAAAUGACACCUUUGUGUAUUUAGACUGGUGUCCUAGAUCAGACCCAAUGUUGGUAUUUUCCCCUCACACUGAUUUAAAGUUUAAUGUUGCAUAUAUCUAAAAAGCUUGUGGCAGGAGUUUGCAUAUUUUAUAAAGGUUAUUAUAUGUAGCUUAUGUUUAAGGUUUCAUUUCCCCUCAAGUAAUUAUGGAUUACUAGUAAGAUCAGAGCACCAACCCUCUUGAUCAUGUCCAAUAUCUCAUCUUCUUUCUCUCUAUUCUAUACUAUAUUUGGCCUUAUGAAUUAACCUUUGUGAAUCUGAACUUUAUCAUUCCAACAACUACACAAGCAUACACAGGAGACAUGAAGUCUUUGUUACAGUACUACGCACAAUAAAACAUUGCGUCAUAUCAUUUUUUUCUAACUAAUUUGGGAAAUCUAAGUGCUCAUAUCUCCGUUCCACAGAAUAAUUUAGCAUAAACUGAGAUAGAUAAGGCUUAAUCGGUAUCAACUCUAAAGCCGGGAAGCAGCAAAAUCUUAUUAGAAAGUAAGCAUUAAUAUGGGAAUCGAGAUUUCAUUUUAGUCCUCUCUGUAGUGUUCGAGCUUUUGAACUGUGCUGGAAAUAAAAGCUGAAGUUGAUGCAUUAUGCUGAGCUUCAGAAUCUGCACUGUAUCAAUUCCGUUUCUAGUAUUUAUUAACCUUCAUUGUUUUUUUUUGUUUUUGUUUUUUUUCUAGUUAUGAGAAGACCUUGCUACCCUGCUCAAGAACUGUAUUAGCAGCAUAGUAAUUUAGCAAUGGACAGUCAUUUUCAUUUUUCUAUUGCAAAAGAGUAUCCAGAUUUGUGAUAGUAUACAAGCAGUGUUUAUAGUGUAGAGGAAACACGGAGUAUUGUAUUCAUAUUAGAUCUUUUAUUUAUUUAUUUUUGUAUUAUAGUUCAUUGUUCAAAAGUCGUUUUAUUCCAGGGCCCAUUAUCUGUAUUAUUAACCGAUAAAAAUAAAUUAAAACAUAAAUUUUCACAGGAGUUACAUAAUACUAAGACUGAAUCUAAACCAAGCUGUAUAAUUAGAGGAAAACUAUAGGGUCAGGUAUACAAAUGAUAUACUUAUCCUGACCCUAUAGUGUUAAAACCACUAUUUAGGCACUACCCCCCUUAAAUAGGGUAAAAUGUUACCUUUAUUCCGGUACCACACGGUUUUGCCGGUGCAGGCCCCGUCCCCAUACAACAAAACAUUAAAUUGGCUUAGAAUGUAAAUUCUGAUGAUCUCAGUCAAGGAGGUGGAUUUGGGAGAGCCAAAUGCCACUUUGGUCGAUCAGCAUCUCCUCAUAAAGAUGCAUCAAAUUAAUUAAUCUCUGCGGGGAAAUUCCAGUGACUGCAUGCAGAGCGUGAAGAUACUGAACGUCUGUGCUCCACAUUGUGCAGCAUUGACCCAGGAAGCACAUCUAGUGGCUGUUUGAGUGACUGCCACUGGAGGUGUCCCUUUGGAGCAAUGCAUACAGAAAAGGCAGUGUUUACAUGGAAAUGCCUGUAGUUGUUCUGGUGACUAUAGUGUCCCUUUAAUACAUCUAAGUUAAAAUCCAUGUGGUCAGGUUCUAUGCCUUGACUUCAUAUUUCAGUCACCAUUCAGUUAUCCAUUUGAGGAAGUCCUUCAGUUAAUAUGCCUUGACGUCAUGUUACAGUCUUCAUUUAGUUAUCUAUUUGAAGAAGUCUUUCAGUUACUAUAUCAUUUGCAUUAUCAUCCAUACAUUAAAAAAACAAUCCAUCUAUUUCAACAAAAACAAAUAUAUUAAUAUAGAAAAUUAAUAUAACAUUACCUUCUUCCAGACCGCUGCUUCCUUACUCACUCUCUAUUGUCUCUGUUGGCUGUUAGAAAAUGAAUAAUAGUUUUAAUGUAUUUAUAUACAGCGUUAACAAGCAUUGGAAUUAUUGGAAACCGGGCUGGUACGGUUUUGUUCACAAUUCAUUUUCUAUCAGUCCUCGUUUGUGCACUCUUUUUUUUUUCUAAUUAUUUCUGUGCUGUUAUUCCUAUUCUUGUACAACUAAUUUCCUUACUUUUUAAAGAAAUAUUGGAUAUGAAGGGGGUGGGCAGGGUAAAUGAAGACAUUGCCUCAUGCUUCCUAUAGGUGGAGCCAAGCCACAUAUGGCAUCUUGCUUACUUGUGCUUGGAUUGGUGGAGAAGAUGAUUUUGAAAAUGCUCAUUACAGGUAAGAAAGCAAUUUGAUUUUCUUUUUUAGAUGCCAGACAUUCAGAAAAAAUAUCUAUAAAGCUACACCUUAUAUAUGGUCCACAUUUUUAGAAUACGGAUUCUUAGUGAAGGUGCACAUUAUGGUUCCGUGCAAUGUUGAACUUAUCAUUGGGAUAUGAUAGACCAGUACUAUACGUACUUCUUCAUUACAGAAAACCACCCUUUCCAAUCUAGUCUUUACUAAUGUGUGUAGCAGUAAUGGCUUACCUUGGAACUGCAGAUGUUUGUGAACUAUAUAUUCCAUAAUGCUCAGACAGCUGAAGAGAUUGGUUUGAAGAUUAUGUGUGAUGUAGUUGAUACGUAUAUGCAGGAUAUCACGUUUAACCAUUACAUUUCUAUAGAUUCUAAUAUCAGGCUAAUGCACUAAAUACUUAUAAAGUAUCCAGUAGAUUAGAGUUGAGAAUUGUAAGUAUUGCACCUCUUUAUACAUACCAAAGGAUUGAGACACAACACUUUUUGUGAAUUUUCACAAAUCUCUUAGAUGUUAAAGGAUCACUAUAGGGUCAGGAACACAAACAUGUAUUCCUGACCCUAUAGUGUUAAUACUACCAUCUAUGCCUCCAUAAAUAUAGUAAAAAUCUUACUGUAUUCAAGCCUGAAGCUGUAAAUCUGCAUGCUUUAGACUCAGAAAAACAAGCAUUUUGCUGACAUGUGGUAGCCUGAUCCAAUCACAGUGCUUCCCCAUAGGAUUGGCUGAGACUGACAAAGAGGCAGAUCAGGGGCAGAGCCAUCAUGAUUCAAACACAGCCCUGGCCAAUCAUCAUCUCCUCAUAGAGAUGAAUUGAAUCAAUGAAUCUCUAUGAGGAAAGUUCAGUGUCUGCAUGCAGAGGGAGGAGAUAUUGAAUCACAGGAUGCUGUGCACAGUGCCUGCCCUGUACUCUGCUGAUAGCAGAUCUGAGUGGACGGAGGCAUAUUAUGCCUCCAUCAACUCCGAAGUCCCUCUGGUUCACUCUGAGUGACUGCAACUGGAGGUGUUCCUAGCUUUCAAUGUAAACACUGUAUUUUCUCAGAAAAUACAGUGUUUACAUGAGAGAGGCUGCAGGGAGCUAUAGUUCUCACCUGAACAACCUCAUUAAGCUGAAGUUGUUCAAGUGACUGUGCACAUCUUUGUCAAAUUGACAUGAAUCUAUUUUGAAAUAGUCAUUGUUUUUAUUGUUGUUCAUAAGUCUUUCAACUAUGAAUCACCAUUACAUCAACAGACUUGGCCGGAGAAGGAAAACCAUGAAAUUAUGCAGAGCGUUGUCCGAUCUGGUCGUCUACACAAAUUCUGUGGCUGCUCAAGACAUUAUGGAUGAUGGUAAGAGUUGAACUCAAAGGUCUUUCUAUCAGAGAAAUUUUUUUUAAAAAUACCUACAUUACAAACCAAGCAAAGAUAAAUAAUGCCCAGAGAAUUUGGUUACAUGUGAGUUUGGUUGGAUGUUGGCUUUGGUAAGUCUAAAAAUGUUUUGCAGAGAAAAGCACUGAAAGACAAUACUUAUACCCACACAUUGGCAUAUUGCAGGGUGUUAUGGCUACAAGCUGGGCACUUUGCUGUCAUUGUACCAGUGGAAAAACACUAAAAGUGUGGGGGGCACCACUGACUGCCUUUUUAGAAGGUGGUGGUAGCACGUAUAUGUAAUAUAUGCCAUCAUGGUUUAAUUAGAUUAAACUUUAACAAGGGAUAUAGGAAUAAAAUUUAUUUUCCUCACAUCUUGUCACACUUGGGGUUUUAAAAUAUGGAGAUGGUAUGGGUACCAUCUGGCAAAAUCUAAAUAAAUGUGCUCUGACAGACAUUCAGAUAGUUGGGCAUAUCCCCUAGAGAUACACAUUAUUACCCAGCAAACAUUAGUAAAAUGUUGCUUAGUUGAUAUGAGAAAAAUGACAGAAUACGUUAAAUACAAUGUAGCUUCUGCUCGCCUGGAUUAGAAAAAUGAUUUUGCUUUAACCCCUUAAGGACACAUGACAUGUGUGACAUGUCAUGAUUCCCUUUUAUUCCAGAAGUUUGGUCCUUAAGGGGUUAACAAGAAUCUGGAGGGUUAUUGCUUACAUUCUCCUGCAUGUUCGCACAGAGAUUGGCUGUUUUAUUUACAUUUAUCUCGACUGAUUUAUACUUAAAAUGUAUUUUGUACAACAAGAGAAGCAGCUUUGCUGUUUUUACAGCCUCGGCUUUGAGCUUUUAGCAUAAUUGCAUGUUUUACUGUCAUAGAUCCAAACAAUGCAGCUUAUCUUUUUAGGCAACACAAAUGUCUUUUUAUUUUGUGCUGGCAGUCAUUAUAGUACUUAAAAUGCUUGCACAAAAGCAAUUUGUCUUAGUCUUUUCUGUUCCGUACUUGGAAGCAGUGAAACACAUAAUACUGAAUAUUCGUAAAUAUCUACAAGUGUGCAUUGUUGUGACACAAUAUAUUUUAUCUGUUUGAAUACAUAAACACCAGAAUGAAUAUACUGAUAUUGACAGCAAAGAGAAAUUGUGUCUACAAUAAAUCACCAAAAAUAAACACUUUACUUCCCAUAACCAAGGAAAUAAGGAAAACAUACUGGGAUAAAUUAUGUGUUGAUAGAUAAAAACGAAAUGACUUCUACAUUUCAUUAAUCAACAAUAUAUUUCCCAACAUUGGCAUUAUUGGAAUAAUAUGCCAGCAGCGAAGGAAGGUGCAACUGGCAUGGGGGUUUGACAGUGACACAGUUUGCAUCACUGAUGGCACAAUAUUCUUCACUAAUGACACUUACGGUUGUGAAUAGGACAUUGCAUCCGUGGCUGCACAUAUGCCGAGCACUGAUGCUAAAGUAGAGGACAUAUGGAGGAUAAGGGGAUGUAAAAGAUGCAUACAAGGUUAUUCACUAAUUGAUAAUUCAAGGUGAAUUCAAAGUGAAUUUCAAAUUUAAGGUCAAAGUAGCCAAACUGGAAUAAUAUCUUGAAAACCUUAAAUCUGAAAUCCACUUUCAGCUCACCUUGAAUUCUCACUUUAGUAAAUAAUUUAUUGAAUAAUUCUGAAUAUUGUACUAUGCAAAAUGUCCUCUUUCUAUUGUACAAUUGUGGAAACUGGACAGAUGCUUGAGAUAUUUUUUUUCCCUUUUAAUCUAGGAAAAUAUUGGUGCCAAAUAAAGUUUUUAUAUAUAAAUAUAUAGAACUCCACAUUAUAGUGAUCUUCUCUAAGUGGUGGUAUUGCCCACUAUUCAAGCCCAGUCUGGGCAGACGUAUAAAAAUAUCACUGCCUUUCUUCAUUCCGGUCUCUUACACCAUACACCCUCCCCUACCAAGAGGUAUAAAAAGUCACUCACAGAUCACCUUAUAAAUGUACCAAACCCCAAGGUCUUCCUAGCAUGCUGGAAUGGAUUCCGAAAACAAGAGUAGUGAAGGUAGUAAAAUAUUUAAGCACCCACACAGACAUGUUUCGUAAGAACUACUGAUGCUGCUUCUUCAUUGCAAAAAUACUGCCAUCUUGACCCCCACCCUCCCUUAUGUUCUCCAAUAUUUGCUAUUAUCCUACACUAUUAGUAGUUCUUACAAUUUGUACAUCCUAUUGAUCAUCUCCCAAGAUGGUAUGUUCUCUGUCGUUUACCAUACAUUCUUGCUUGGGGUAUUUUCAAAUAUUUGCUAGUAGCAGAUUGGUGUGGUCAUUAUCUGGAGAACUGCUGUACCUCUUUGAUCACUAGGGAAUUACAGAAUAGCAUGCACAUGUAAUCAGGUCAACAUGUGUUAAAUAAUCCUGCUAUUUUCUAGAAAUAAUAAAUACACAAAAAUGAGGAUUUACUUUAAUCCAAUUAUUUUACAUCAGUUUGGCUUAAAACAUAAAAGCAUUUGUAAGCAGAGUAUAUAUUUUACAAUGUAAUUCUUUAUUUUAUUAACAUUCUAUGAUGUUCCUGUAACUCUUCUGCUAUGGAAUCUUGUAUUUAUAUACGGGAUGGCCCCUUUGUAUGGGGUCAAUCAGAGGUACUUAUAGGUUCCCUCUGUAAUGGCACGAGUGAGCUAACUUGUUUGGAUCUUCAGUAGGAACUAGCCAUGCCAGCUAAUAUGCUUAGGUGCAUUCUUAUUUUGUUUUUGGUUUAUUUUAGAUAAACAAAUAAUGAUGCAACUCUGCUCAGAAUUGUCAAAUUAUACACGUUCUAAAAAUAAUACCACUGACCACAUAUUAAACAAAAAGAAAAGUAAAGCACAGACCAUUAUUAUAAGAACCAACUAAUGGGUCUUACCCUGUGCCCUCCUUGUAGAUUAGUCCCACUCUACUCUAAAAUGAGUCUGGAAUAAUAAACCUGUAAAAUCCUUCUGUAACAAAAUGGAUGGCAUUAAACAUUUUAGACUUAACAGUCCUUAGUCAUAGGCAAGCCAAAUUAUUUUAUAAUUACUGUUAAAACUAUGAUGUUGCAGAGAAAAAUUAGUAGAAUACAUGCUGGGAUAUUUUUCCGGGGCUUCUACUUUUAAUGGGCAAUCUUGUGCCUUUCAUUAUUCUUACCUUUUUUGUUUUUUAUGCCAAUCAUCUCCUUCACCUCUUAUCUUUUGAAGAAAAGGUUACUGUGUGUGAAUAAGUUAGUUGUACACAAUCUAUAUAUGGAUACGGGAUAAGUGAACAUGCUGUGCAUUGCAUUUAAAGGUCAUUUUCUGGAGAAUAACAAAUGCCUAUUAUCGUCUGUACUGCUUUUUCCAACAUAUUGUUCUUGCAACUUUGAAGUAUGCAUGAUCUCUCCAUAGAAAUAAAUAAAAUAAAAUGUACUAGGUGUACUACACGACAGCAGAAAUGCAAACUAAAAGUUACUAAUAUGCAAAAUGCAAACAAAUGCAAACUAAAGUUACCAGUAUUCCCUGUCUCACUGACUAUUUUGUUUAGUGUCUGGGAGGCAUUCUAUGAGUUUUAGAGUACUUUCCUCUGAUGUUCAGCGAGUCAGAAAUUGGCCAUCAUUAUAUUAACAUCUGUAGAAGCUUCAGACACUCUUUUGUUAACAAAUUUUGCUGUAGCCCCUUCUUUUUUGAAUGCCCUUUUCUGAUACUUCUUUUCAGGGUCUACAGGGAACGUGUUAUCCUUUAGUGAAACCAGAGCACAUCAGGUGGUUCAACAGAGAUCAGAACAGUUUAUGUUAUACAACCAGAAACAACUUACCAGGAUUUAUCCAUCUGCAUAUAGGAUAGAUUCCAGUAAUUUUAAUCCUGUGCCCUAUUGGAACGCAGGUAUUCAGUUGGGUAAGUAUUACAAAUAUAUUAAAAUAUGGGCCUUAUUUUAAGUAGAGGUUAUUGUAAACUCAGAAAGUGUGUAAUAUGGUUUUUAAAACUAAAGCAAUGUAGAUCUCUAUAGACCUCUAAAAUCCGAUACAAUUAAUGUAGACUUAUAGAUGUUGAAGUUAGGCAAACUGGGCUGACCAUUAUUUGGGAGCAUUAUCUGUUCUUCCUCUAUGACUUCAGUCUGCUAGGAAAAUGCAUAAUAACAUAAAUGUAUAAUGAUGCAUUUGCUAUACAGAUGCAUCUAGAUUUAUAAUUAGCUAGUGAGACCCCAUGCAUACAUAUUUUUCAGGAGCUCCCCUGCCUAUAUCUGUCUGCCUACGUUACACCAUUAGUGAGUAAUUAAAAACGUCUCUGUUUCUCCCAAACCACUAAGGAUGGAACAGGAGAUAGUAAGCCACAUGUCCUGAAUGUAAUUGUGGAGUUUGCAAGGCCUCCAGGGAUAACACUUGUUUCUUUCUGUUUUCUCUAUAUUUGCAGUGGCAUUAAACUAUCAGACAGAGGGGCGCAUGAUGGAGCUAAAUCGUGCAAAAUUCAAGGUUAAUGGAAACUGUGGAUAUGUCCUUAAACCUCAACAGAUGUGCAAAGGUAUUUCUUGCCUUCACGCCUGACAUUUGUGUUAGAAAUGUAUGAAAAUGUUAGUGUCAUAUUCUGGUUCUGUGAAGUAUUUAUUUAAUGCAAUACUAGGUUGUUGACCGUUUUGUUCUUGUUGUUUGUACUAUGUUCUUUACAUAGCAAAGUUUACAAUAGCAUAUCAAGGUAUUCUACUUAAUACUAAACAUUUACUGACCCGUAUAUGUUUUUUUUUAAUGUUUCUGACAUCACUGAAGCCACUAUCAUCCUCAGCCACCCUCCAAUUAGCUUCUUCUCUUGGAGGGAUGGUUUUCUCAUUGAUCAGUCAGCAUCUCUUUGGGAAAAUAGGCAGGGCUAGCCUUUGUGGUGUGCAACCUGUGGAGUCGCACAAGGCACCAUGGCAACGGGUGCCGGCAGGCCGCAAAGCUCGCUGCAGAUAUGGAGCAAUUUUCUGUAUUCACUGGACUCUGCAGUGCAGUAGCAGCUGAACAGGAAGUCAGAGGAGUGGGCCCAAUGAUCCCUAGAUUCCACCCCCCCAACAACCAGUGACUUUCCACACUAUUUACAUGGGGUCAGAGCAUGGAUAAUGUUUUUAUUCUAGAUAUUUGUGUUUUGUUUCAGAGUUGUAGCUAAGAGCAUAUUAGGCAUGGCUAGUGGGUGUGCAGGGCCUAACACUGGAGCAUAUGAUAAUAUAUCCCCAGUCUAUAAACAGUAGAUUGCCAAUGAUUUAUUUGCAUCCUAACAGGAUAAUGACUGCAUGUCAUGUUGGUGUUAUUUGCAUGCAUUAGCCAGAUAGUACUUUAUUUUUAUUACUACACCUUACACCUAAUUUCUCGUUUUGUUGGUGGGCAUGUUCAACAUUUUUUUUUUUUUUUACCAACAAGAUUUUCCAAAAAGUAUAAACAAACAGUCAUAGGGAAAUAAACCACCAACAUCCUUAAAACACUGAAAGCAUGGCACAUGGGCGCCAAUGAGUUAUUAUUACUUGUGUAAGACAUUAUUUACAAAUGCAUUUCUGUUUUGAAUAAUUUUGAGAUUUGAAAUGUAGGCCUAUGUAUAAAAUACUUUAAUAUCUCAUACUACUAUACAAGCACAUAUGACUUAAUUAUUAAACAGACCCAUUCUCAUAUCUCCAUAGUACACAUUGUUUUGGACAAAAUACUUGAAAUGCUAAAAUGACUUUUUUACUAUUAUACACUUGUAUUUAUGUCUUAUUUGUCACACAUUCCCUAAAAGAAUAUCCUUGUAAGAGGGUCAUAAUUUCUUACACGUGUGCUCAGUAAUUAUUUCCUCUGUAAAUUCCUCCCAUCCGGCUACCCUCCCCCCUUCCCAUCGAGCAAGCCUCGUGUACCAAAUUCCUGUGUUAAAAGAACAGCUUCCUUUACUAACUCCUCCCCCACUUCCUUUGUGCAAGUUAACAGCUAUGUGCCACGUGUAACAAAAUGGAGAAUCGCUGUUAAAGUAACUGUUUCCCCUUCAGCCCCUCUCUGUUCAGUAACUACUCACUCCCCCUCCCAUCAUGUAACCAAGAUGGAGCUGGAAUGUGGGUGGGAGAACUCUGUAAUGAUGACAUUACAUCCUGUAGGGUGGGUUUAGACAAGAUCCCUUAGACUGUUUCAAUUGUUGAAUGAAUACUGUAUGUUAACUGUGACUAUGUACAUGAUGUAUUUCUGCUUUAAAAGGGGCUCCCACUCCGGGGAAUAAAGCAUUCCUCAGGUUUUUCACUAAUCAGAAACUUUGUCUCCGGUGUGAAUUACUUCUAGGAAGAGCGUGCACGCAUUAAUUAAUCAAUUUGGAAGGAGUAGAUAGACAAUUAAUCAAAGUUUGCUUUGAUCUAAAUCAACAUCAGCCCCAAUACAUACAGUAAAACCCAAAGAAAAAAGUUACCUGCGCUCUCUCCUUAAUCCCUAUGCAUAUUUAAACAAAUGGAGGUUAUUUAGCUUCUCCAAUGGCCAUGAGAGUGUUUUGCCCACUUGCCACGUCAAGGCAAACCUCUCAAACCCCGAAGGUGGGGGUGCAGAGAGGAGCCAUGUUACAGGGCGGCCAGAAGGGGGCGCCCCCGAAGCUGUGCUAGGUAAGGCAGAGCAGGCACCUGCUUACCUUGAUGGCAGGAGCCUUCUCUGCCAACAAAUGCCAGUGACCAUCUGGAGGAGACGGGGAAGGAGAAGCCAGGCAGGGAGCGAGGCUAUUCUUUCAGCCUCUCACUCCUACUUUGCGUGCCCUCUGUGAAGCCGGUAAAUGACGUCAUUCCGGCCCCUGCAUACUAAACAGCGGGCAGGAGGAGUGAGGAGCUGCCCCACACUGGACCCCAGGAAGGUGAGUGUUUGACUAUUAGGGAGUGUGUGUGUGUGUCAGUGAGUGUGUGUGUGUGUGUGUCUGUCAGUGUGUGAGUGUGUGUAUGCAGUGGUGUAUCCUGUUUUUGUGCUGCCCUAGGCAGGACAAAACUCAGGCGCCCCCCUCCCCCCCGCGCCACCCCCACCCAACCCUUCCCCCCGCCCCACCUUCUAAAUACACACACAGUCAGACACAUACACAAACACACACACAGUCAGACACAAACACAUACACACACAGUCAGACACAAACACAUACACACACAGUCAGACACAUACACAUACACACACAGUCAGACACAUACACAAACACACACACACACACACAGUCAGACACAUACACAGACACAAACAGUCAGACACAAACACACACACAUACACAGUCAGACACACACACACACAGUCAGACACACACACAUACACAGUCAGACACAAACACACACACAGUCAGACACACACAGUCAGACACAAACACACACAGACACACAGACACACACAGUCACAUACACACACACACAGUCAGACACAUACACGGGCAGCAGUCAGACACAAACACACACACACACACAGUCAGACACAUACACAAACACACACACACAGUCAGACACACAGACACAAACAGACAGACACAAGAAACACACACACAUACACAGACACACACACACACACAGUCAGACACACACACACAUACACAGUCAGACACAGAAACACACACACACAGUCAGACACACACAGUCAGACACAAACACACACAGACACACACACACACAGUCACAUACACACACACAGUCAGACACAUACACACACACUCACAAACACACACACGAAGUCGGGCACACACACACACAGUCAGACACAAACACACACACACAGUCAGACACAAACACACACACAAACACACACAGACACACACAGACACACACAGUCCACGCUACACACACACACAGUCAGACACAUACACAGACACAAACAGUCAGACACAAACACACACACACACAGUCAAGACACAUACACAAACACACACACAGUCAGACUACAUACACGAACUGCAAGCAGUCAGACACAGAAACACACACACACACAGUCAGACACACAUACACAAACACACACACACAGUCAGACACAUACACAGGCACAAACAGACAGACACAGAAACACACACACAUACACAGUCAGACACACACACACACAGUCAGACACACACACACAUACACGAUCGAACUACAAACACACACACACAGUCAGACACACACAGUCAGACACAAACACACACAGACACACACACACACACAGUCACAUACACACACACACAGUCAGACACAUACACACACACUCACAAACACACACACAGUCAGACACAAGAAACACACACAUUAACUUUUUCAAUUUAAAUCCCCCAACCUCCUUACACCUUUGCAGGAGUGCUGGAAGUCUCUAGUGGUCCAGUGGCUGCAGAGUGGGCAGCACAGCUGGCGGCGUGACGGCGAGGGAGCACUUCCCAUGAGCUGACUGCUUAGCUCCCUCGCGCGUCGGCUGCAGAGUGAGGCUGGGAACCGGAAGAUGACGUCAUCUUCCGGCUCCCAGCCUCACUCUGCGGCGCGCGAGGGAGCUAAGCAGUCAGCUCAUGGGAAGUGCUCCCUCGCCGGCCGCCCGCCUGCCAGCGCCGCCCGCCCGCUCGGGAUGUCAGUUAGCCGCGAGGCUAACAAGGCAUCUGCCCUGGGCAUUUGGGGGGCGGCGUUUUUUGCCGCCCCCUGAAAAAUGCCGCCCAAGGCAAAUGCCUUGUUUGCCUCGCGGCUUAUACGUCCCUGUGUGUAUGUCAGUGAGUGUCUGUGUGUGUGUGUGUGUCUGUCAGUGAGUGUCUGUGUGUGUGUCUGUCAGUGAGUGAGUGUGAGUGUGUGUGUGCGUGUGUCUGUCUGCCAAUGAGUGUCUGUGUGUGUGUGUCUCUGAGUGAGUGUAUGUAUGUCAGUGAGUGAGUGUGUGUGUGUUAGUGUUAGUGUGUGUCUUUCAUUAAGUGUCUGUCUUUGAGUUUCUGUGUGUGCACGUCAGUGAGUGAGCGUAUGUCUGUCAGUGAGUUUCUGUAUGUCUGUCUGUCAGUGAAUGUGUGUGUCUGCCAGUGUGUGUCUGUCAGUGAGUGAGUGACAUGAGGGGGCGGCAAAAUGGAUCUUUGCCUAGGGCGGCAGAAAUCAUUGCUCCGGCCCUGCCGGUUAUGAAGUGUUGAGGGUUCUACCUGGAUCAGAAUCAAAUGAUUCCAGGAUGAGAAUAUAAACUUCAAUUGCAUGUGUUGACUUUUACUUCUCUGUUAAUGAAUUACAGGUUUCAUUCAAUAAUGAUUUUAGUGAUUAGCAUUUGAUGCAGAGCAAAACAUUUUUAGGUUCUAUUUUUUAUUUGACUAUGUGGCUUAAUGAAAUGCAUAGAAAUAUAUAUGCUUUCAUUUCUGCACUAAUCAUACUACAACAGUUAAUUAAAAUAACUUUAGAGGGCACAGCACUAUUAGUUGGUAAUAUGACAUUUUCAUAAACCAAUAUUUAUCUGGAAAGUGACCUCUCUGUCCCGUGUAAUGUCCUCUAACAAGAUGUACACACCAGUCAAUAUGCCCAUUUUUUUGUCAAGGACAAAACCUUACUUAUAUUAAUGUGUUUUUAAUAUAAUUUGUAUCAUGACAGUUAAACAGAAAUCUAAUUGUUGGGAAAUUAGAAUCUAAAUAUCUUGAAAGAAUGACAUUGAGAGGAUGAAUAUGAUUGAUAAAAUAUAUUAUUCUAUGUUGUAUUGAAGUGAUUUGUUUUUCAAUCUUUAUUUGACAGGAUGUGAUGUCUAAUGCAUGUCUAAUUAUUAUGUAUUCUUCCUUAAUAUGAAAAUUGUUUGGCAAUGUUCUUGAUUAAGGAUGAAUACGGUGCUUGAUUUAUUUUGUUACAAAACAAUAUUCAGUUUGUUCAUUAAUCUUAAUUAUCUUUUUUUUUUUGGAUUGCUAACAUAUUACAAUUUUUUGUUUUCAUUUUAUAAUAGGUGUGUUUAAUCCAUUUUCUGGUGACCCUCUUCCUGCCAGCCCUAAAAAGCAGCUUAUACUGAAAGUAGUCAGUGGUCAGCAGCUCCCAAAACCUCCAGAUUCAAUGCUUGGGGACAGAGGAGAGGUAAUAUUGCGUGGAAAGAAAGGCUCUCUGCAAUAAAACACUCUUUACAGAUUAUAGAAUAAAAAAUAGACAUGUAUCCAAUGCAUAGCUAAACUUCUGCAACAUUCAGUAUAAUAACGAUCCAGAAAACAAAAUAAGUUAAAAAAAACAACAACCUUCAAAGCUCUAUUGCUAUGUGAUAAUUAGAUAUUAAAGGCAACAAAUGUAACCGACUAUAAUAAAAAUAUAUUAAAAUAUAUACAAUAAGAAAUGCAAUAUUGAUCAAUGUACAAUGAAUCAAAUAUUAGAAAUAUCACUUAAAAAAAUACUUGAAGAAAUUUGUGCAUGAUGCAUUAUGAGUUGUUCAUAGGUAUAUACUAUGUAGUGGCUGGUUUAACCAUUAGAAUACAGUUUUGCACAUAUGAUCAAUGUAAUCUGUAAGGGGUCCCCUUUUAUAUUCCAAAUAAAAACUAGUAACUCACAGUAGGUUGCAGUCAGUGACUGUCAUAGACCUGGACAGCUUGCUUGGAGCUGCUCAGCAAAGCAAGUAAUUAUAUAUAAAUAAAAAAUGUGACGGCAGUUAAGAACCGUUUGGCCCAUCUAGUCUUCCCAAUUUUCUAAAUACUUUCAUUAGUCCCUGGCCUUAUGUCUAUCCCACGCAUGCUUAAACCCCCUCGCUGUGUUAACCUCUACCACUUCAGCUGGAAGGCUAUUUCAUGUGUCCACUACCCUCUCUGUCAAAUAAUACUUCAAUAAAUUAUUUUUAAACACUUGUCCCUCUAAUUUAAGACUAUGUCCUUUUGUUGUGGUAGUUUUUCUUCUUUUAAAUAAAGUUCUUUUCUGUGUUGAUUAAAUUUAUGUAUUUAAAUGUUUCUAUCAUAUCCCCCCGUCUCGUCUUUCCUCCAAGCUAUACAUGUUAAGAUCCUUUAACCUUUCCUGGUAAGUUUUAUCCCGCAAUCCAUGAACCAGUUUAGUAGUCCUUCUCUGAACUCUCUCUAAGGUAUCAAUAUCCUUCUGAAGAUACGGUCUCCAGUACUGUGUACAAUACUCCAAGUGAGGUCUCACCAGUGUUCUGUACAAUGGCAUGAGCACUUCCCUCUUUCUACUGCUAAUACCCUAUAUAACCAAGCAUAUCUUAAACCAUACAUGUUAAUUUAUCCAGGGCCACUUUUCUUUUUACUUUGUCUUUACUUUGCCUAUGAAAGAAGCAACAAAUAGCUAAAAUGUAAAUAAUUGUACACUGCGUUACAUUCCAUUUGUUUGUUCUCUGAUUAAUUUAUAAAAAAAAUUGAAUUGAGUAAACAUAGUUCAUUUUAGUUAAUAAAAGAAAACAAUUAGAAAUAAAUACAGACUAAAACUUGUUGGACCGUGUUAUGUUGAAAAAUGGCACAAUGAGAAAAAUUGAUUCCUGUUCACAGUGUUAAAAAAUCGCUUUCUCGUUUUUAUCUCAUUCGUAUGUAUUCCAAAUUAUGUAUGUCUCAGUCUUCCUUGAUUCACCAUACGUUGCCUUCAUGAUAUUCUAGUUUGUUUCAGUUAAGUGCUUUGAUAAAUUGAAGCCAUUUCUUCAAUGACAGAUUAUUGACCCUUUUGUGGAAGUGGAAAUCAUUGGACUGCCUGUGGAUUGCUGUAAGGAACAAACACGAGUUGUUGAUGACAAUGGUUAGUUGCUAUCUGUGUUAAUCAACACAAUCCCUACAUAAUGACAUUUUUACAAAGUUUAGUUAAUUUCAGCUUUAUUAGGUAAUACUAAUACAUAGUUUGUUAUCUCUACUAUGACCUUUUUGGGACUUUUGUUACAAAUUAACUUUUUUAAUGCUUGUUGUUAACUGUUAAAGUUGACAAUUUUAAAAUUUUUUUAUAUGUCUAGAGAUUUACAUUUGUGCCCAGUGAUUUUAUUUACCAUAAAUUACAAUUAAUUGAAAACUCCAAUCUAGAACUGUGUUAACUUGAUGUGGUAGGCUGAGUCUUUGAUCAUCAUGUGAAUGGCGAGCAAAAUCAUUUAUACAUAUGUGUUUUUAUAGUACAUAAUUUUAUAUAAUUUAAACAUUCUAUCUCUGAUUCUUUCUCUGUUAUGGUCGAUUUCAUCUCUGAGUGUCUCUCUUAUUGUUUUCCAUGUUAUCCUUCUUUUCUUUGUUAUCAGCUUUUCAACAUUGCAUGUAUCUCUCUGCCUGCCUGCCUAUAUCUUUUUCUGUUUUUCUCUGCAUCGUUCUAUAUUUUAUCCCUUUAUCUCUCUUAGUCCAUUUUUGUACUUUAUCACUUAACAUUUCCACCUCUUUAUCUUUGUUUCUCUCUUUCCCAUUUAUCUCUUUCAGCUCUCUCUAAAGUCUGUGUUUUAUGUUUCAAUCUCAAACCCACAAUUAUACCACUCUCUCUCAGGCUUCCUUUGGCGUUUCACUGGUCUGCAUGUUUUUUCUCACCCAUCUCAUAUUAUGUUUGCCUACUUCUGUUUUGGAGUCACUUCAUCUUUCUCCUCAUAUCUCUGCAUUCUCCUUUGUAUCAUGUCUUUUGUCUGAGAUCACUUUAUGUUAGUCCCCCCUUACCUUUUAGCCACCAUCUUUAUUUUUAACCUAACCAUUUUUAUAAUUCUCUGUGUUCAAAAUGGUUUAUUCUUCCACUAAACUACCAGGGGAUGAAGGGAUGAGCCACAACAAAAGGUAGCAAAGAAAGGGGCUCUUUGCUACCUUUUGUUGUGGCUCAUCCCUUCAUCCCCUGGUAGUUUAGUGGAAGAUGAGUGGGUAAGUAGCAUUAGCUCACUUAGUUUUUACUCUCUAUUCCUACAUAUCGGGAUGUGGGAGGAUUUUAAGAAAUUCUGCCUUAUGACAUGGCUCAUAUCAUAGUGCCAUACAAUGCACACCAAGAGGGGACAGAAAUACAGUGAGAAGUGAGUGGGGAAAUGCUAAAUUAUGUCACUCCAUCGCUAUGCACCAAGGAUGCACUGGUACAUGGUUCCCUUACUCCCUCUCCCCUCUGAAGCUUAUGACUGUCAGUAAUGCUACGCAGUGCAGUGUACUCCAGCCUUCAUCCCAGCAGUGGGAAGUGUGAAGUUUCUACAAAUUCUCACUGCACUCUAGCCUUCAACGUGAAUAUGUUCACCUUGUUUAACAUCUCUGUUCUAGAACACAUUUAAUUCAGAUGCUGUGCAAGCACAAUAUGACCAAACAGUGUUUUAGAACAAUGGCAUAUUGGAACCAAAUGUGAAAGAUUGCAACUAUGCAAAUUUGCCAAAUGAACAUAUUUCAAAUACAUACUAAUGUGUGUGUGUGUGUGUGUGUGUGUGUGUGUUUUUUAUGGGACCCAUUAGAGUCCUAUAAAGAGAGAAAAAGGAUGUCACUCAGAUACUGAAAUGACUGUGUUGUCUAAAGUUUAGACAACACAAUCAUUUCAGUAUCUGAGUGACAUCCUAUGGUUUUAAAUCAAACAGUUUAGAAUCUCAUGGCCCACUCCCCAGCACCUUCAGCCAAUCACAGCUGUCCUUGGUUGGAUAACAUUUUCAUUGAUUAUCAGUGCGGAUGAGGAGGGGCAGUCUCUAGGAAUCAGGGAGAGUCUGUUUUCUUUUUUUCUUUUGAAAAGGGUCUGGUGACUAUCAGAAACAUAACCACUGCACCACUUUGUUUGGAGUGCCCCUUUAACAAUCAUCUACUAAUUCACUUUCUUCCACAUUAAUAUAAAACAGUACUAGGUGUAAUUUGGGGAUGAAAACAUUAGACACAGGAUGCUGACUUUCUACUAAUUAAAAUUAACAAGAUAAUAUAUGUAAUUUUCAGCAAAAGGAGAUUCAUGUUUUAACAAAAGAGUAAUUUUGUAAAGGUUUAAUGUGACCUGAAAUCCAGGCAUUUUAAUUUAAGCAAUGUUUUGUUCUAUUAAUCUACUAACAAGAUAUAGUGAAAGCAUGUACAAGUUUCCAAAAUGCAACAUUUUAAUAGAACACAAAAGAAGUGCAUUAUUAGAAAUUACUUUUAUCUGUAAUAGCAUUUCUUCUAACUCCUCCGCAUGUUUUUUCAACCAUAUAUUCCCGACUUCGGAGCUCAUUACAGCAGCCCAUUCCAUAUUGGAUUUCCAAAUUACAGCUUGUCCACCUGCAGUCAUGCAGUAAUCAUGUCUUGCUAUUCAUUACAGCAGUUGCAAUGGAAUGAAUUAGACCAGAUCUGUCAUACCAAUAGUUGGAUUUUUACACAGAUAAUGAUACACUAGAAAGUGAGCUGAAUUAACAAGAACAUACAUUUCCCUGGUCAAUCUUAUCUCCUAAUCGUCAUAUUUUCAUCUUCUCACAUUAGGCCACUUCAUUGCCAUAUAGGAAGGGAAAUUAAAAAUUAACGUUUCUAUGAAGCAAAUUUACAAGAUAUAGUAGUAAAUAAAGCUUUCAUAUUUCUUAGUAAUCUGUAACAAAAAUGAGACUCUGGUCUGGUGUAGCACUUGGCAAGGACUAUUUAUAUUCAAACCAUUCUGAGUAUUGCAAAAACAUUUUUUUAAAUAAUUUAUGUCAAUGUAUACAAUGGCUGGUUAUUGACCGGUGUACUGUAGCUUGCACAGUUAUUUCUGUAGCCUAUGCAUACUGUAUUCUGCAAGCCAUGGGCAAGUAGCAUGUUUAUUUAAGGAAAUUGAGCAUUGAUGAGCAAUUUCUAUGUUCAGAGUGUCAUGAGAAAUACAUUUAAAGAUGUUCUUUUGUUCUCAAUAUAUAUUUGCUGGCCUUUUUCAGGUUUCAAUCCUGUGUGGGAGGAAACUCUCACCUUUACCGUUCAUAUGCCAGAAAUUGCGUUGGUGCGGUUUUUGGUUUGGGACCAUGAUCCAAUUGGACGGGAUUUUGUAGGCCAAAGAACUGUGGCUUUUAGCAGUCUUAUGCCUGGUAAGCACCCUCUCUACCAGUUUUAAUUAAUUGGCUUUAUUUUUGUAUUAAUAUCUCUUUGUCUAACUCAACAUCAUAUUCAUGAAUAGCCAGCUGAAUUCCAUUUAUGUGCCUUGCUAAAGCCUGUCUUCCAUUCUAAUAGGGUAUCGCCACGUCUACUUGGAAGGUCUCACUGAAGCUUCUAUAUUUGUCCAUAUCACAAUCAAUGAAAUAUAUGGCAAAGUAAGUAAACAUUUCUGUUUUGCAAUGUUUCACAGUCAUAUUGUUAGGCAUGAUAUAUGCACAAUUCAGCUUCAAGUCGAACAAUGCGAGUAUGUAUCACAAUAUAGAUAGAUAUGUGCCAGCCUAUUUUUAUAGGUGGUUAGUUUUUCUUACGGGGCAGAGGAAUGUUUGGGCACCGCAAGGGCAUACACUAAGCUCUAUCCACAAGAUAGUGGUUAUGUUGCAAGAAGACCGCUUUGGAAGGAUAAUGCAAAUGGGAUUCCCUGUGUAGCAGCAAAUAGACUGUUUUUAGUACCACCAUGUUCUGUUUUUGUUUUUUUUGUGUGUCAGUUUUGUGUUGUCAAACUGCUCAAAUUUUAUUUUAAUAAUUUUUUUGUUGUUAAAUAUUUAGGGUGCCCCUAAAGACUUAUUUCAUCAAAUCACCACAACCAUUACAAUAAUAUUGUAGUGGCUGUGGCACUUAGUGUCUCUUUAAUCCUUUUUUUUAUCUGUGUAUGUCAAGUAUAGGCAUUGCAAAUAUUUACAUUCAGUGGUUUAUAGAUGAGAGGAUAGUACUUUACUGAGAGCGUAGUGGAUGCAUGGAAUAGCCUUUCAGCUGAAAUGGUAGAGCUUAACAUAGUGAGGGAGUUUAAGCAUGCGUGAGCAGGCUAGAUUGGUCGAAGGUUCUUAUCUGCCGUCACAUUCUAUGUUUCUAAAAAUAAUAUAGUACUGCUAGUUUCAGCUGGUCAUAUUAAAUCCACAAGUCUUUCUUUUAGGUGCCACAGAUUUAUUAUGCAAAUUCAAGUUAUCUCAUGUGUACUUGUAUAUGUGUGUAUAUAUAUUUGUGUGUGUGUGUGCGUGUAUAUAUAUAUAUACACAUAUAUAUAUAUACAGUUGCAAGAAAAAGUAUGUGAACCCUUUAGAAUGAUAUGGAUUUCUGCACAAAUUGGUCAUAAAAUGUGAUCUGAUCAUCAUCUAAGUCACAAUAGACAAUCACAGUCUGCUUAAACUAAUAACACACAAAGAAUGAAAUGUUGCCAUGUUUUUAUUGAACACACCAUGUAAACAUUCACAGUGCAGGUGGAAAAAGUAUGUGAACCCUUGGAUUUAAUAACUGGUUGAACCUCCUUUGGCAGCAAUAACUUCAACCAAGCGUUUCCUGUAGUUGCAGAUCAGACGUGCACAACGGUCAGGAGUAAUUCUUGACCAUUCCUCUUUACAGAACUGUUUCAGUUCAGCAAUAUUCUUGGGAUGUCUGGUGUGAAUCGCUUUCUUGAGGUUAUGCCACAGCAUCUCAAUCGGGUUGAGGUCAGGACUCUGACUGGGCCACUUCAGAAGGCGUAUUUUCUUCUGUUUAAGCCAUUCUGUUGUUGAUUUACUUCUAUGCUUUGGGUCACUGUUGCAACACCCAUCUUCUGUUGAGCUUCAGCUGGUAGACAGAUGGCCUUAAGUUCUCCUGCAAAAUGUCUUGAUAAACUUGGGAAUUCAUAUUUCCUUUGAUGAUAGUAGUCCGUCCAGGCUUUUAGAGAUACUUUUAUAACCCUUUCCAGCUUUAUAAUCGUAGGUCUUCUCAGAGCUCUUUUGUGCGAGGCAUCAUUCACAUCAGGCAAUGCUUCUUGUGAAAAGCAAACCCAGAACUGGUGUGUGUUUUUUAUAGGGCAGUACAGCUGUAACCAACACCUCCAAUCUCAUCUCAUUGAUUGGACUCCAGUUGGCUGACAUCUCACUCCAAUUAGCUCUUGGAGAUGUCAUUAGUCUAGGGGUUCACAUAUUUUUUCCACCUGCACUGUGAAUGUUUACAUGGUGUGUUCAAUAAAAACAUGGCAACAUUUCAUUCUUUGUGUGUUAUUAGUUUAAGCAGACUGUGAUUGUCUGUUGUUGUGACUUAGAUGAUGAUCAGAUCAAAUUUUAUGACCAAUUUGUGCAGAUAUCCAUAUCAUUCCAAAGGGUUCACAUACUUUUUUUGCAACUGUAUAUAUAUAUAUAUUGUUUGUGUGUUUCUUUAUUUUAUCAUCCAAUAUUAACUGGGACAAUCUUACUGGCUGGCACUAUGACGUUUAAUACAAAGGACUUGUUAAAAACAUUGCUGUGUUAAUCGUUUCUGUAAUUAACAUUGUGUUGAUUGAGCUUACUGGUUAAUUUUUAUUUUCCAAAGUAUGAGGUUAUUCUGAAAAUAUUGAUUGCAUACAUCAGCAAAUAGUGGUGUUUUAGGUAAAGAUAACAGGGGAUAGAGAACUGUGUGUGUGUGUGUGUGUAUAUAUAUAUAUUGCUCAAAAAAAUAAAGGGAACACAAAAAUAACACAUCCUAGAUCUGAAUGAAUUAAAUAUUCUUCUGAAAUACUUUGUUCUUUACAUAGUUGAAUGUGCUGACAACAAAAUCACACAAAAAUAAAAAAAAUGGAAAUCAAAUUUUUCAACCCAUGGAGUUCUGGAUUUGGAGUCAAACUCAAAAUUAAAGUGGAAAAACACACUACAGGCUGGUCCAACUUUGAUGUAAUGUCCUUAAAACAAGUCAAAAUGAGGCUCAGUAGUGUGUGUGGCCUCCAUGUGCCUGUAUGAUCUCCCUACAACGCUUGUGCAUGCUCCUGAUGAGGUGGCGGAUGGUCUCCUGAGUGAUCUCCUCCCAGACCUGGACUAAAGCAUCUUCCAACUCCUGGACAGUCUGUGGUGCAACGUGACGUUGGUGGAUGGAGCGACACAUGAUGUCCCAGGUGUGCUCAAUUGGAUUCAGGUCUGGGGAAUGGACGGGCCAGUCCAUAGCAUCAAUGCCUUCGUCUUGCAGGAACUGCUGACACACUCCAGCCACAUGAGGUCUAGCAUUGUCUUGCAUUAGGAGGAACCUAGGGCCAACCGCACCAGCAUAUGGUCUCACAAGGGGUAUGAGGAUCUCAUCUCGGUACCUAAUGGCAGUCAGGCUACAUCUGGCGAGCACAUGGAGGGCUGUGUGGCCCCCCAAAGAAAUGCCACCCCACACCAUUACUGACCCACUGCCUAACCGGUCAUGCUGGAGGAUGUUGCAGGCAGCAGAACGUUCUCCACGGCAUCUCCAGACUCUGUCACAUCUGUCACAUGUGCUCAGUGUGAACCUGCUUUCAUCUCUGAAGUGCACAGGGCGCCAGUGGCGAAUUUGCCAAUCUUGGUGUUCUCUGGCAAAUUCCAAACGUCCUGCACGGUGUUGGGCUGUAAGCACAACCCCCACCUGUGGAUGUCAGACCCUCAUACUACCUUCAUGGAGUCUGUUUCUGACCGUUUGAGCAGACACAUGCACAUUUGUGGCCUGCUGGAGGUCAUUUUGCAGGGCUCUGGCAGUGCUCCUCCUGUUCUUCCUUGCACAAAGGCGGAGGUAGCGGUCCUGCUGCUGGGUUGUUUCCCUCCUUCGGCCUCCUCCACAUCUCCUGAUGUACUGGCCUGUCUCCUGGUAGCGCCUCCAUGCUCUGGACACUGCGCUGACAGACACAGCAAACCUUCUUGCCACAGCUCACAUUGAUGUGCUAUCAUGGAUGAGCUGCACUACCUGAGCCACUUGUGUGGGUUGUAGACUCCGUCUCAUGCUACCACUAGAGUGAAAGCACCGCCGGCAUUCAAAACAUCAGCCAGGAAGCACAGGAACUGAGAAGUGGUCACCACCUGCAGAACCACUCCUUUAUUGGGGGUGUCUUGCUAAUUGACUAUAAUUUCCACCUGUUGUCUAUCCCAUUUGCUCAACAGCAUGUGAAAUUGUCACUCAGUGUUGCUUCCUAAGUGGACAGUUUGAUUUCACAGAAGUGGGAUUGACUUGGAGUUACAUUGUGUUGUUUAAGUGUUCCCUUUAUUUUUUUGAGCAGUGUGUGUGUGUGUGUGUGUGUAUGUAUGUGUGUAUAUUAUACAUACACACACACACACACAUUGAUUUUAAAGCAUUUAUCCAUGAGAUUAAGUAUUACUGAAAAAUAACAUUUGAACAACUGUUAUGCAGCAAGAACUAAAAUUUAUGCCAAGAAAUUUAAAAUAUGUGAAAGAAAAUUGACAUUAAACCAUUUGCUUAAUAACUAUGUAUGCUAUUAAAAAAAACACUAUUACUAAAUUCAGUGUGUGAAAAAUAUCAGUUAUUUACACUCAAAAGUAAGGAGCCAGUAAAACUAGACACUCAGUGUAUGCGCAUGUGAGACAUUAUAGGGUCAGGCAGCAACCUAAAGAAUCUAUUAGUGGCAACAAGCUGUCCUCCAGGGUAUUCCAAUAUUAAGCACAGGAAAAGAAAACAAAAAACAAAACCACAAUAGUGCAACCUUUAUAUGUAAUAAAUAUGGUAAGACUGGGACUCAAACUCACAUGAUUCUGAACAAGACAAGGGGAUCAGCUGGAAAGUGCUUAAUGGCUGUAAAUGGUUGGCACAAAGUGAAAACGCCUCCUGGAUACAAAGGGUGUGGCACAGGUCACACGCUCCAAAACUUUCUUAAUAUAACAAAGCCAUAUAAAUGUUUAACCUCUUGACAAUGAGGCUUCCUCAGUGUCACAAUAAAAUCAGCACAUAUAAAUACAUACAUUCAUUAACUAUAAUCCAAUCCGCUUUGGUGCUUCAUUAUGGUAAUUCGUUACAGAAGUGAGGAGGUUAGUGUUUUCUCAAGAGCCUGCUUGAUUUCCUUUAGCUCCCUUCCUUGUCACCUGACCUCCAGUCCCGAUCUUGUCAUCAUUGUUCUGAUCACGCGUUGCUUUAUUGCAAUAUGGAUCCUUCUAUGGAACCCAAAUCCAAGCCUCAAUCUCAUCAUAAAACAUUUGUCAGUGUCAGAUGUGAUUUAAUGUACUGAGUUUAUUUGGAACACAUAAGUGUUUGCACCGAAUGUCUCUCUGUGUCAAAUGUGUGAAUUCGAAAAAUCAAAUAUAAAUUAUAAAAUAUGUAAUUAUGAAAUAAAUUAUAUAACUCAAUAUCUAAAUUGAGUCCCCCAUGAAUCAAAGUAUCCAGUUCAUAUAUCCUAAUUUCCUAUUUAUUCAUUGUAUUCAUAAAAACAGAAAACUACUUCAAUGUAGGAUCAAGAAACAAAAGGUUGAGGAGUGUUUCCUUUAUUAGUAAUGACAUUUUACAUUUUUUUGCUAUUGUGGCCAAGAGUACUUCGUCAUAGUAAGAACAUAAUAUAUAUAUUUUAUUUGUUCUUGUGGUCUGAAUUACAUAUAAUAAGAAAAGUUACUGUGAGGAUCCAAGAACAUCUAAAUAACACAAAGAAAUGUCUACCAUUCUCUUCCUUUGCAUUAUAAACAAAAACACAACUGUUCCAACAAAGGUAGUUCUUUGUAGCCAUUAAACAAGUACACAAAAAUUGGAGAGGAGUUGUUAUAUAUGUGUAGUGUAUAUAUAUCUCACAAUUCCCAUAAGGAGCGCACUGUCUUGGAGUUUUCCAACCAUGUUUUUAAGUAAGGAACAUCAACGUUUUGACCCUCAUGGGUCUUUAUCAAGGUACAUACAUUGCAGCAUAACAUAGUAUUAAUAGAUGUAAGGAUGUCAUGCUGUAAGCGUGCGGGAUGACAUACGUAAACAUGACUAAUGACGCAAGCUGAAAAUACAUAUCCAUAGCAACCAUACGCCGUAGUGUAGUGAAAAUUACUGAAGGCAAAGCAAAAAGAAAUAUGGAGGAGCUCCGUGUUGUUUUUCUUUCUUUAUUUUUCUUAAUACUAACUAUUUUGCCUUUUAGACAAUAACACACAUACAAGCACUGCCACAUAUUUCAAGUUAUUUUUGGUAUUUUUUCGUAGAGGAACACACUACUUUUCUGGUGAAUUACAAUUGUAUAUUAUUUUAUGUUUCUGUACAAACUUAGUUUUUUUUUCUUUUUGCACAUAUUUGUUUUAAUAACGAUGUAUAUUGGCACGACGUUGAAUAAAUAUGCUAAAAAUUUAAAUUUCUUUCCAUUUCAGUGGAGUCCUUUAAUCCUCAAUCCAAGUUAUACUAUAUUGCACUUUCUAGGAGCCACAAAGGUAGACAUCAUGGUUUUGUAUCUGAGUGCCAAUUACCUACAGCAUGACAUCAAAAUAUCAUUGCCCAUCACUCAAGCUUUGAAUUUCUGAGCUCUGCGUGGACACAUACAUCCCAUAUGUUUAUUAUUGUAGUUCCACAUUGUAAUCUGUCACUGUCAUGCAUUUUGUAGAUCAGUGUCACCACCAAUUAGGAAAUGCAUGAAGCCAGAGUUAUAAUGGUCAUGACUUAAUGACUUGAAGAUCUUCAUAUAUGCAUGAGUUUGUCAUUAGGUCAAGUUUUUAUUCACAAUUCUUUGCCCAGGUAGCUCUUGUAUUUCCUUCUUACAUCCAUAAUUAAUAUAAAACAUAUUGUGUUUAUAAAAAUAUCUACCAGGCUUGUAAAAUUCUGUAUUAUGCUUUUUACAGAACAGGCAAUUUAUUGGGCUUAAAGGGUUCUUCAAUAAGAAUUCGAAACACGGCUCAGUCGAGAGCAAUGGUCAUAUACGUAAACGAUCAAUCAGUGAGCGCAUCUUACGACGCACUGCCAGUGCGCCAGCAAAAGGCAGAAAGAAAACCAAGAUGGUGUUUCAAGAAUCUACAGAGAGUAAAGACAUUUGUUGUGAGAUAUCUGGCACUAAAGAAAAAGAGGCCGUAAUAAGGAGAACCUCCAGGAGCCUACAGGCUCGCCCUGUGUCGAUGCCAGUUGACAAGCUUCUUCUUGGACCUUUUGAACCUUCCACAUCAGACACUUCAAAAGAUACCAAACAACAUGACAUAUCUUCAGGUAAUAAUGCUUACAAUUCAUCCUGGAUGGUAUUAUGUGUGAACAUUGUAGAAGGUUUAAUAAAAAUUAAAAAAAGCCCCAAAUGUAAUAUUUCAGUAAACUGUUAAACUGUAAGCCUUGAAGAGUGACUAGAUAAAUGUAAAAUAGAAGAGUUGGAAAAAUUAACCAAUUCAACUAAUUUGACAUUAUUUUUUUUUUCAAUGCAAAUUUACCCUGUUUCACCAAGAACCCUUAUGCCAUAGGUUUUCACAGAAAAUUUGUUUUAAUGACACAUUAUUCUAUAAUGCAUGUUUUAUUGGGGGCUGUGAAAAAAACAUUAAUUUUGGGACUAAGUUCUGAGCAAUACCAGACAGAACCAGUUGACUGUUUUAAUGAAUGCUCUGUUCUUAGAUGUUUACCCCAUGUUUUUCCUGACACUAUGUGAUAUGACUGGGUAGCCUGAGAGUUAAGAAUUGCAGACUACAAAAAUACCGGAGGAAAUGUAUUGCUUUAAAGAGUAAUGGAAACCUAAAGAGGUGCUAUAGGCAUCAAAACAGGUUCAGCUUAAUGAAGCAGUUUGGGUGUACAGAGCAUGGCUGUCUCACUGUUCCAUUUAGGAGUUAAAUCACUUUUGUUUCUGUUCAUGCACUCCUCGCUACUCCUCCCCUGGCUGUUUCUGACACAGCCUACGUGAACCAAAUGGUUUCAUUUUCAAUCAAAUGUUAACCUUUUUUUUAUAAGUUUUCAUCUCCUGCUCUGUAAAGUGAACUUUAAACACAUAGAUGAGGCUCCUGCAGGGUCUAUAAGGCUAUUAAAAGAGCAAGUGAUUAGACGUUCUAGAUUAAACAGACUGUGUAAUAAAGGAACAUAAAAUAUCUAGGUUUCUUCAUGAAGUGUUAAGGAAGGCUGAGCAAGUCACAUGCGAUUAGGGCUGUAUAAACAAAGUGAUUUAAAGUGGCAUUGUCACCUCCCUCCACCACAAACUCAAUAUUACAUUUUAUUUAUUUUAUUGAUUAAAUUACAACCCAGUAAAACCAUAUACUGAGACAAAGUAGGGACUACUGCCAGCCACUACGAGUGACCGCUACAGAGAUAUUAGCUGUGUCUUUGAACGAUCCCACGGUCUCGCAUGAUGUUCCAUAGACCUCAAUGCUGCACUCUUGUGCAUGCCUGAGAGUACAGCAGGAACGUUGGCUCUUUGGGCUCAUGCUCCAGGAACGGAAGAGGAGAGGCUGUAAGAAGAUGGCGUUGCCCCUGAGGAACAAGUUCAGGUAAGUAAAUCCAUUUAGGUGGCUUGCCCCUCCAUUGUCCCCCUUAAAAGCUAAGAAAAUAACCUUUUUUCCAUGGUUGCACGGGGAUGCUGGCACUGCCACUGUUCCGCCCCCUUGGCUAACAUCACAAAUGAUGCCAUAGGAAAAGCAUUGGAUUGGCAGAGAUUGGCAAGGAGGCAGAGACAAACACCAGCAUGGCCAGUUAGCAUCUCCUCAUAGAGAUGUAUUGAAUCAAUGCAUCUCUAUUGGGACAGUUAAGCAUCAGUGCUGAGGAGUUACCACUAGAGGUGUUCCUAGGCACUAAUGUAAACCCCUCCUUUUCUCUGAAAAGGCAGUGCUCACAGUAAAAAGCCUGCAGAGUCUGACUAUACUCACCAGAAAAACUACAUUAAACUGUAGUUGUUAUGGUGACUAUAGUGUCCUUUUAAGCUUGUGUUGUUUUGGUGACUAUAGUGCCCCUUUAAUAUUAAGCACUUAAGUUUAACAAAUAGUUAUUUUGUAAAAAUUGUUCAAUUUGUUAUCGUAAUGGGUUUCUGACUAUGAUGAAUGUACCACUGCCGUUUCAAUUAUAGUAUUGCAUAGGAAAUAAAAUGAAAAGUGACAUUUGGUUGACCUUCAGAAUGAGAUAGUGAACAGUCCUAUUCACAAUUUUAGGUAUCACAAGGUUUCUUUUUCUGAACAUUGUAGUGUAUUUAAUAUAAAUAAAUCAUACAUAAGUAUAUGGCAUUAUAUAUAUGCAUAUCCAUAAAACCUCAUAUUAAAGCAAAUGCCUGGCACUGGUAGUAUGUACUUUAUGAAAAUACUGCCCUGAAUGGAAAUAGCCUAAGCAGUUUUUCUUCCUUCCCUUGCUUUUCCUAAUUUUCACUUGUUAGCCAGUAUAAGGGCUAAACAUAAUAAGAGAUCAAGGUCUGUAGAGUUUCUAUUAGCAAUAUUAGAAUUAUUCACAAAAAGUUAUUUGUGGUUGCAUUACUGCUGAGUAAAGAAGAAGACACUUGAACUAUAAGGUUGAUAUUGGGAUCCAUUAAAAAAAACCAAAGCUAAACACAAUUUAGUAGAUAUAACCCAAAAUGUGCCCAUACUUUGUUUUGUAUGUAUUCUGUAGGUGUAUAUGAGAUGUUGGCUUUUAAGAGCUGCUGAUCAAAUGUCUUUAGCUGCUGCAAGCCCUCCGGUUUUCCCCAUGUGUGUGUGAUAUGUACUGGUCUUAUGUAUUGGUCAUGUUUUCUUGUUGCAUUACAUAUUAUUUUUAUGCAAAAGAACUGUAUUGUCUUUUUAACAGAGAUAUCUUGUUAUGUUUUAUAGUACAGAUCUGACUAGGAAACUACAUAAGGUAAUGGAAUGUAUUCAGUAUGGUAUCAUAUUACCCAUACUUUCAGCAGUUAUUACAUCACAUGUUGGAUGUAAUAGACAUUUAAAGGAAAUGUCGAUCAUGUGAUCGCCGUUGGUCAUAAAUUCAUUUCAUAUUGAAAGUUGUUGACACUGUGCACAAAAUCAUAACGGUGUUUUCCUGCCACUUAAGCAAAAUUUCCAUUUUUCAUUUGUGUGUGUGAAAUCAAAAUUACAAAGUAUGGUCUUUUAUUUGCCAGACAUUCAGAGUAUUUGAUUUGUUUUUUUGUGUUUUGGUAUAAUAGGAGGAAUGGACAUUAGAGGCUCGGGGAAACUGCUAACUGAAGAUGUGGACAUAUCAAUACCUGGAAAUCAAACUUCACCUUUUUUUGCAUGUACUUCUAAAAACCCAUGCCAGACUAAAGUCACAACACAUGAGCACAUUGUACAUAAAAAAUGGAAAAGUUUACAUUUAGACUGUGUGCUGCGAAGUGAUGAUAUCAGGGAGUUUGAUGAUACUUUUACAAGUGAAUUAGAAGAUAACGAUGACCACCUAAAACAAACCGGCUCCACAUUUAACAUUCCUAGAGAAAAUAUGGUUAAAGAUUAUGACACGAAGUUUGAAACGGUUUCUAUUAAUGAUUUAUCAAGUACCAUGUGCACAGACAUCAAUAAUUUACAUUCCACUGAAGCCAUGUCCGAAAAUGAUAUUUCUAAUAUAAUUAGUGAAGUACCAUCUGUAGAUCGGAGUGAACUUGGCAGUUCAAUGUCUGAAUUAAUCAGGCAGUUUGAAGUCACCGAUGACAAAACUACUUUGACUUGUGUUUCAAGCUUACAUGAGCCAAAUAGCCACACUAAGUUUAGUGGAUAUUCUGACAUUUUCACAGCUUGCCUGUACACACCUAAAAAGUUUGUUUCAAGUUUAAAUAAUGUUGAAAAGUCCUUAUUCUCAACAGCUGACACUACGAUAUUCUCCAGCCCAGAGACAUCUGAAUAUUCAGUCUAUACAAUCAUUCAUGAAGAAGACUUAUCUCAUGAUGCCAAUUGCAAAUUGAUGGAUGCAAAUGUUGCCAAUCAAGUUAGACAAUCAGAACCUAACAUCAGCAGCUCACCAUAUGUAUCAACCUAUCCUGAAUUACAACCAAAGUCAACAAAAACUGAGCAAGCACAUUUUGAAGGGCUAGUGAACAUGGAUUCAUUUACUCAUAGCAAUUAUACUCAAAAUACCCCUACAGGAACACAUGUAAACACCAGUAAGAAUAGUUCCAUACAUAAUGGAUUUCAGAAAAUUCCAACAAUUCCUCGUAUCACUCAAGAAAAAGACAUACGGUUGCAAUCUACUAAUUUGUGUCUAAACCAGACAUGGAACACAGAGAAAAAUCCAAAGAAGUUAUUCCAAAAUCAUAACACACACAGUGAUGCCCACAGACCUACUGAUAACACAGUUAGUAAUCCUCAUAUGACCGUUAAACGGCAAGAGUUUUGUAAGUCACAUCAAAAUCAAGAAUCUCUAUACCACAAACACCAUCUGCAAUAUGUCCCUCAAAAAGUAAUUGUACAGAACUCCAGUUCCAGUUCCACAUUUAACAAUUCCAAACCUCUAUCACUCCACAGAAACAAGCAAUCUAAUUCAUGCAAGUCAAAGAGUCUUGGAGAUCUGACAUCAGAGGAUAUCUCCUGUAAUUUUGAGAGCAAAUACAAGAGAAUUAACAAAGGUUUUCUGUCUUCAGGCAUUGUAGAAGAAAAUGCAUCUCUGGCAAAAAGUAGACAUCAAUCCUCGGAUGCAUUGACAGAACAGUUGCGUAAACUGAUGUCUUUUGACCAAGAAGACUUUAGUAAGCCACAGUGUCAUGAACAUGAAGAAGUGGACAUUCCUAAGCCUCUAUCUCGGAAGCUGUCUUCUAGAAGUCAGAGCAGGGUCAGGAACAUUGCUAACCGUGCCAAGGAACGACAGGAGGCCAAUAAAAUGAAACACAGCACCUCUAAUCUAAAUGAAGUUGUUUUCCGAAACAAACCACCUACUUCUUCUCAGCCUGUAAACAGACAUUCAACCGGAUCUUAUAUAGCCAGUUACUACAGCAACCUUAAUAAUGAAAGGCUUGAAGGAAGAGGCAUACCAGAAGGUGCAUGUAAUUCUCAAACCUAUAGAUAUAAUGAUACCUUUUGUAUAGAUCGUUUCAAUUAUCAGACUGAUCCAAGCAAUAUUGAUGAACCAGAAAUUUAUUUCCUACUGAGAUUGUAAAUAUACAUAGGGUCUCCAAUUUAAUGUUGUUUACAAGAUGGUUUAUUUCAUUUGAAAUAUAUUAUUAGAAAGUACUCCUUUGGUCUUUUUUAACCCAUUGAGUGCCGGGGCCGCCACAUGGAUUUCAAAGGGUGAAAUAACAUAACAUUUUGUUUUAAAAAAAAAUGGUUUUUAACAGUUUUUAGUUAAAUAGGUUAGUCUUCCUUGGGUUUCACCCCUUGAGUGCCAGCGUGGUGUGCAAUUUAUUAUAUUGAAAACUGCUCUACCCCUCUCUGGCAUUCAAAGGGACAGGGCUACUCUUAAUGUUAACAACUUUGUAAAUAUAUUCUUGUACUUUUUAAUAUAAAUGCAUCAUUUUUAAUUAUAAAUUUUAUUUGGGGAAAAGCAGGGAGCUAUGUGCAUGCAGUCAUCCUGGAAGCUCAUAGUCUAUUAAAUGUAAUGUGCAUGUACAUUAUAACAAAACAAUAUAGUAAAUUUGCACAGACGGCAAAAAAAAAGAUAAUUGCAAUAAAAAUAUAUGUCUCUAUUUCUUUUUA